UUAGGAACAUUGAAAUUGUCAAGAAAUAAAAUGGAUUUACCAAAGUGCAGAAAUAAGAAAUGCCCGAACAUUUCUACUUUCUACUUAGAAAGUAAGAAACUGUAUGUUUGCCAGAGCUGCUGUCAUUCUAAAUACUCGAAGGUAAAGCCAGAGUUACUAGUCACGGCUGGAGUCCCCCAAAACAUGCUGAAAACUCUUGGGGAAUGUAUUAAACUCUUUUCAUUCAGCAUUGAUGAAGAUGAUGAUGAGGAACUCAUGGAAGAAUGCAAGUCUCUGAUAUCUAAAUAUGAUGAAGAAAUUAACCAACUUGAAGAUAAACUACAAAAAGCUAUUGCUGAGGAAGCUUACCAUGAGUUUAUCCACGUUCAAAGUAAAGCUCAAAAUAUUUUUAGUGAACUAAAGAAAGAGCCUCUUUACAUCGAGUUUUCUUCACAGAAAAUCUAUGAUCAGACUUCAGAGAGAGUCACUGCUGGAGGUCCAGGUCCUGGACACGAAGAUGAACCCGAAGAUCCAGCUUUUCUCUUAUAUGAUGUUGAAGAUUCUGAUACUAAGAAACUCCUUUCUCAAAAUAUCCAAGAGAUGAAGAAGUUCAAAGGCAAACUUGAAGAAGUUAUGAACAAUGAGGCAAAGCAUGAUGAGGUAAAAGAUCUGUAUGAACCGCUUAAUUAUAACAUCCAAUCACUCCUCGAACACAUCGAGGACCUGACGAGAAAUAAAGAUGAAGAGAUUAGAAAAUAUGCAGAAUUAUACAAAAGUGAACUCGAACAAAAAGGAGAAAUGAUCAAAAUUCUCCACGAACAAGCUGAAAAUGAUGCUAAAAGACUCAAGCAACAAGCGAAACAAACAGAGCAAGAACUUGAAGAAAAUGAAGAAAAGGUGAAGGGACUACUCUCGAUGCAAGAAGAAAUCGACUCUAAGCUAUUUCAAGGACCUCCUCCCAAGAUCGAUGAACAAAUCACCAAUCCUGGAGAUGUCUCUUACACAAAUGAUGAGUUCAAUAAUUUCCACGAAAUAGUCCUAGGCAAGAAAUGUUCUAUCAGUAUAAACUUUGAUAUUGGAAUCACUUGUAACGAUGAAACUCAAUUCGGCCUCAUAGAAUCACCUCGAAAGAGGUUCCCUCCUCUACAUAGAAUUUGUCUAAAUAAUGUUAAGGAGGAGGACAAAGAAAAGAUCGUAUUUUUUAUGAAGAACUUUUUGCCCAAGAAGUUCAGGAUCUUUAGUAUGUGUUGGGGAUCUGAGCUUGCCAACAUAGAUGGCUAUUUUAGCCAUAUUAUUGGUCUAAAGCCUUCCAUAAUCAGAGCUCUGAGGUUAUGGAACUUCAGGAUAUCACAGAGGCACAUUGUUAGGAUAUUCACGACAUUCAAGCAUUUAGAGGAGAUCUCUCCUCACAAAUCCAUUUUAGAUAUUAACUCUGUUCCAAAUUUGGAGCAUCGCAUGAAGGAAUCUAGAAUUAAGAAGGUGAAUGUUUACCAGUGUGGCUCAAAAGAGCGUGGAGACUGGGAGAAUGAUAACAGCCCUCUUCUAAACCUCCUAGCUGGGCUAGCGCAGUCUGAAGACUUUAGAAUUGGCUUGGAACUCUUCUAUGCUGUUGGCUGUGAUAUUACAAAAGAGGAGUUAAGGAAAAUUUUAGAGGACAACGGAUUUGGUCAUGUUCAGGAUAAUUUGUAAGGAUAGAAUUGAAUUCAAUUUUGAUGGGGCAAAGU